CCCGCGCCAGCUGCGGGGAGCCCCGGGCGGCGCGCAGGGGGUUCGGUCCGCGCGAGCAGCCGGGCUGCGGGGAAGGGGGGCGGGGCCCGCCGGCCCGGGACGCUGCCGCCCGGGGUGCGCGCUCGGCCCCCGGCCCGGCGGUUGCCAUGGUGACGCAGGGUCGGCGGCUCGGCGCGGUGGAGACAAAGCCGCCCGCCGCCCGCCCGAGCUCCUCCUCCGCGGGCGCCUCCUCCCCUCCCGGGCGCCGCCGCCGCCGGUCCUCCCGCUACCUCGGCCGCCACCGCCGCCGCGGACCAGGUGCGGGGGAGGGGCGCGGGGCGGCGCCGAGUCCCCGCGGGCCCGUCCCCGCCGGGAACCGCCGCGGCCGCCCUCGACGCCGCCGCGGCCCGCCCCGCGCCCGCAGCGCCGCCGCCCGCCCGCACCGGCCGCAAACUUCGGGCCGCGCGGCGGAGCCUCGGGCGGGCUCGGCAGGGCCGCGUCCGCCGCCCACUGGAGGGCGGCGCGGGCGGCGCGGGGCGGGACCCACCUGCGCGGUCCGCUGGCCGCCGGUCGCUCGGUGGCCCGGUCCCGGUCGCUGUGUCUCGUCCUCCAGGCUGGGAGGGAAAGAAGGCAUUUGAAAAUGAAAAAACAAGAACUAAGAAACGGAGGCUUCAGUGAGCUAAGGUGUUGAGACGGGAGCAGAACAAGAAGACUUCCCUGCUGCAGUGGAGACGCUUUUGAGAUUGUGUGUGCUUUGGAAAGGCCGCAGCCCAGGCCCGCCUGGUGGGCAGAUUCAGAAAGGCAGGCCUGGUCGCCUUGGAGGGGAGGCAGUGCUCAGGAGUUAACGAGCAGAGAACACCCUUGUAUGCUUCCUGUUGCAGAGGAGUCUUUUUCAUGUUCAAGGACAAUAUGAGAAGCCAGACAGCCUGGAUUUGAAUCCUGGAUCUACCACCUUGGAGCUUGAUGACCUUGGGGCAGCUUAAUCUCUGUGCCUUCAUUGGUCAUUGGAGGGACUGAAUACUCAUGCUCUCCCCCAAUCAGGAUGUGGAAAUUCCAACCCCCAAGAUCAUGGCGUUAGGCAGUGGGGCCUUUGGGAGGUCACUAGGUCAUGACGGCCCCCGAGAGUUAGCUAACUCCUUCCUCCAUGUGAAGACAGGGGCAAGGUGCCAUCUAUGAACCAGGAAUUGUUCCCACCAGAUACUGAAUCUGCCCAUACUUUGGGCUUGGACUUCCAGCUUCCAGAAUUUUGUUGGCAGUAGUUCCAGGGGAAGUACAGUGGACCCUUCACGUGACCUUUUCAGACAUGCAUUUGAGGCAGAAAGUUGUAUGAGGAAGCUGAAAAUGCCCGGAAGAUUCUGGUCUCUGUCGCUUUUCCAGCCGCUUUGCCUCCCUGCCGGGUCCGGAUGAAAUGAUACUCAGAGAGACACCUUAGUCCAGGUUGUUCCCAGCCAGGAGCGGAUGCGGAUCCAGGAUGGCGAGCCAGCCGCCCGAGGACGCCGCGGAGUCGCAGGUCUCCGACGAGCUCGAGUGCAAGAUCUGCUACAGUCGCUACAACCUGAAGCAGAGGAAGCCCAAAGUGCUGGCGUGCUGCCACAGGGUGUGCGCCAGGUGCCUCUGCAGGAUCGCCGACCUCGGGGACUCCGCGCAGGGCGUCAUCGUCUGCCCGUUCUGCAGGUUCGAGACGUGCCUGCCGGACGACGAGGUCAGCAGCCUGCCCGAUGACAACAACAUCCUCGCGCACUUGACUUGCGGGGCCAAAGGGAAGAAGUGCCUGCCAGAGAACCCCACCGAGCUGUUGCUGACCCCCAAGAGGCUGGCCUCCCUGGUCAGCCCUUCCCACACGGCCUCCAACUGCCUGGUGAUCACCAUCAUGGAGGUGCAGAGGGAGAGCGCCGCGUCCCUGAGCGCCAGCCCGGUCGUGGAAUUCUACAGGCCGGCGAGCUUCGACUCGGUGACCACCGUGUCCCACAACUGGACGGUCUGGAACUGCACGUCCCUGCUGUUUCAGACGUCCAUCCGGGUGCUGGUGUGGUUGCUGGGCUUGCUGUACUUCAGCUCCCUGCCCCUGGGGAUCUACUUACUGGUGUCCAAGAAAGUCACCCUGGGGGUGGUCUUUGUCAGCCUGGUCCCUUCCAGCCUGGUCAUCCUCAUGGUGUACGGCUUUUGCCAGUGUGUCUGUCACGAGUUUCUGGACUGCAUGUCGCUUCCUUCGUAGUCGGUCUGCUCAGUAGGAAGGGGCACAGGUUGCGUCCGAGCAGGCUCUUCGGGAUCACUGCUCGAGGCACCGACAGCCCCGCUCACGUGUCCGCGGCCUGUUUCACAUCCAGCCGUGCGCGGGCGGUUCUCCCCUAGGCCGGAGGUCGGCCAUCUCUCCUAGGGCUUAGUGGGCAGCCUGCCAGCUCAGAGCAGCACUGCAGCUCAGAGUUGCCUGCAGUCGGGACCUCUGCGGAGGUGUGCGGACCCAGGGGUGGCUCCGAGUGCGCGCCCGGCCUCAGCGGUCAACCUGAGGUGCUGUGUUCAGGCAGGGUCGCCCCAGGCUGCUGCUCCCCGAGCCCCUCCCCCAUCGCCGCCAGGAGGACACUGACCUGAGUGCCUGUCCUGCCGCCUUUCUAAAGAAUGCAGAGCCCUGGGGAACGACCAGAGCGGGCUGCGGGCAGAAGGUGGCGUCCGCCUGGGACACGCACGCUCUCCUCCACGUUUGCUUCCCUCCCUCCUCAGGCUCUCUGAGAAGCACAGAGGCACAGACUUCUCAGGGGGCAGUUCUUAUUCAGGGAAGCCUUCUUUUCCAGAGCCCCUCCACGGGCUGGGUUCUGGCCACACUGAUCGGUUAGCCCCACCCCUUCCUCUGAACAAGUGUCCAUUUCACUUGGUCUCUUUGGUCAUGAAGAUUUUCUUGUCUUCCCAUUGUUUGAAGAAUUUGAUUAGGACUUAUUUAGCUCAGUCCCAGAACAAUUUGGGGUGAAUUUUGGCAGCAAAAACCCAGAAGCAGUGAGUGAGAUGCCCUCGCUGUGAAGCACUGGCUCAGGUUUUCCCUGAGCUGUGCCCAGUGUUACCUUAUGCGGUGGCUCAGGGUCAAGGGCAGCGCUGUGCCUGGAAGUCAGGGCGGAGCAGCGGGCAGAGGCAGGCAGAGCUGACCCCUCUUGGAAGGACCCUCAGGGCAAAGUGGAGAGAGAUCCAGUUGAACCUGCAGGUCAGCCUUGGGGGAGCUUCAAGGUCUUACAUUUAUUUCAGACAGAAGCAGAAGCUAAGUGACGAGUUAAUGAACUUCUGAUGAUGCAGGGGAAGCUGAACGUACAGACUUGUGAGAAGAGCCGGUCUAGCAGGCUUUAGGGCUGGGGGAAUAGAAUGUUCACAGAAACUAGGCAAAAAUUAAAAAAGAGCCUUUUAGUCUCUCAAACCCAUUACCGAUGAUUAACAUUAAAAUAUUUGUAACUCUUAGGAAAGGGCUUUACUAAGGCUAUUUUAACUUGUUUGUGGUGAAAUAUUUGUUGUGUGAAAUAGUCACAGAGGGCCAUUUCCCAUCUCCUUAUUCCUUAUUGAGGAAAAGGGGUACUUACCUAGAAUAGCAGUUUGGUCUUCAUUGUACAACUAUUAACUCUAAGAACCUGUGUGCCCAGGGUACAUGUGAUGAGGAAGCCUACAUAGAAUGUGGUCCAGCGAAUCAAAGCCCCAAGGUACCACUGAACACAUUUAUGAUUCCAUGAAAUCUAGUGUAGGUCGCAUCGUGGAUGCAGUUUCCAGGAAUCCAUUUGUACUUCGAGCAAAUAACGUUUAAGAGAUGUUUUGUGGUUUGGAUUUUUAUAUUAUAAGGUUUUUAAAAAACACUCCUUUUGUCUGAAGUGUAACCAAGUGAAUUGGUGAGUUACAAGAUGAGCUUUCUAGAACGUGCUGCACAUGGGUACCGUGCGCUCUGCUUAUUUGUGUAAUGUCUGCCAUGCUGAAUUUGUGUCUGUGCCUUGUGGCAGCCUUCUUCCUUGGUUUCCAGUAAGUUGACUUGGUUUAAAGAGUUUUAAGUGUACUACAACAACAACAACAACAACAACAACAACUAGCUCUUCAUGCUGUUGAAAGAGAAAGAACAAAGCUUUAAUAUUUUAUUCAUUGUGAUGUUUUGUUUGUCUAUUAAAUUGUUAUUAUUUCAAACUGGAAAUCCGAUUUCUGUGACUUGUGGUUGAGCUUCAGUUAUUACUCUGGACCCCUGUUAAUUUUAGAGAACUACAGACUUGAACGUUCAGAAACAUUGCGUAAGUUGGAACCUUUUUCAUGUACAUGAAGGUUACAGAACUUCAAUAAAGCUGACCUGACCCACUGCA